GUAGGGUUGGGCCUUCCGAAACCGACGGACGGCAUAGUCAUUUGCUCGACUUCAGGCCGUUCGCUUCUAUUAAACCACCGCUCGUACACCCUUACACACCGUCCACGCGCUUCCGAAGGAGGCUUUGCAACUUUCCGCCACCACAGUAACAAUGGCGAUUACAAAUGCGUUCAAGGCGACCUCACAAUGACGACGACUGUUCCGAACAAGAAAUUCUCAUCAACCCGUCCUCGCCACCGAUAAAACCGGAUCCACCUCGUUCUAGUCUCCUCGAAACCACAUCCCGCCAACCAUGUGUAUUGUCAUCGUCUCCACCGCGCACCCGCGCUAUCCCUUCAUCCUCCUCAGCAACCGCGACGAAUUCAUCCAUCGCCCAACAGCCGCCGCAGACUGGUGGGAUGGCUCCAACACCCACGUCCUCGGCGGCCGGGACUUGGAGAAAAGGGAAAGGGGCACCUGGCUGGGCAUCACCAAGCAAGGCCGCAUCGCAGCUCUCACGAACUUCCGCGAACCCGGCGCCGAGAAGGCGUUGGACAAAAGCCGCGGCGGCAUCAUCAACGCCUACCUCACCUCGGCUCCCCAACAACGCGAAGAUUCCAAGCACUUCGCCAAGCGAUUGAUCGACGACGUUGGCGUGCAGGAUGUCGGCGGCUUCAGCUUGCUUUUCGGCGAGCUACGCGCCCCGUCUCCAAAUAGUGGCGACUUCCCUGGACUCUCCAUCCUGUCUAAUCGCUCUGCCGACGCCUCCGAUCUCGUGCACAUCGCCACACACCCGGGCGAGGCGCAUGGCCUGAGCAACAGUCAUUUCGGCGACAUGUCCUGGCCGAAAGUGGUGCACGGCGAGCAAUUCCUACGCCAGGCCAUCGGCGCCGAUGUGAAGCGCGGCGCAAGCAGCGACGAAGCGGAGUUCGUGGAGCGGCUGUUCGCCAUCCUAUCCAUCGACACGCUUCCCGAACGGGGCAAUGGAGAGGAGUGGGAGUCGUACGCUCUGAGCAUGCGGAAUUCCAUCUUCAUUCCCGUUAGCGGUGGGCCGAGUGUGGACGGGCGAUCAGGCGAAGAGGUUGCGGCGGCCGACGGCGGUGACUCCACAAAGUCCGGACCGCGUGCGGGAGAAGCUGACGUGAGGAUUGGCGAAGGGUCGUAUGGAACGCAAAAGCAGACCGUCAUCCUCGUCAGCGCGGAAGGCAGAGUACUGCUCGUGGAGCGGACAAUGUACAGCGAGGAUGGACGGCUGCUGAGAGAUGGCGAAGGCGAGAGGCGCUUCGAGUUUGACAUUGAAGGCUGGAAAGGUUGAUUCAACGGCCCUGACGAACGUCGAUGACAUGUGCUGAUACGAGCAGACCUUCGUGAACCACGGCGUGACAGGCGUGCGGCCUCCCGACUGUAAAUGAGACUACUGGCGAUCGUGAAGGCGUCAUGCGCUGGUGGCGCUGCGGAACGGAAGCCAUCAUGAAUGUUUUACGAUUUUGUACAA